AGAAAGAACCAGGAAACACGUGAGGCCGCCAGUGGGACGAUGAUUGGGAGUAUACUUUGUUACAUUCUUUUUCCGUUAUCACGGUUGAUCUGCAGGUUAACAGGUAAACUACAGAAGCGUGAUGACGCGGAGGAUGGCAGCACCCCUCUCCUAGCGGAUCGGAGAGGGGUACAGGGGAGUUUCAUUAGCCAGGAAGAGAAGGCACUCCUGCAGAAGUGGCCGGGGAGAAGAAGUGUGGGUCAGCAGGGGGAACUGGGGGACACGGUGACUGUUGGGCAACAGCUAGAGCCAGAGGCGGUACCUGCAGAAUCCAGUGGGCAGGAUUCUAAGAGACAGUGUGAUUUUGACAGGACAGCUCGGAGCACGCAGUCUGCAGAGACAGGCAGCGUGGGGCUGGAUUUAGGAAAGCUCCUCUCGGCACCUCCUGCUGAGAGUGCGGAGGGCAUGGGAGACCGUUUUCUUGCAGGAUGGCAUUUCUCUACAGCACUGGGGGACAGGGAGGUAGUGGACUACCCAUCUUGGCAAUUUCAAGGCAUGACCUAUUACCCCCCUGUAGAGGUAGCACCCCUUGAAGUGGCAUGGAGAGAGUGGGAGGAUUUGUCAGGAUCACACUCUCAGGGGCUCCUUCGACAGGAGCCAAUCCAAGAGAGUGAAAGGCAGUUUGAAUUCACAAUCAUGAGCUACAAUAUCCUGUCGCAGGACCUCUUGGAAGUGAAUGCUGAGCUGUAUGCACACUGUCCCCCAGAAAUUCUGACCUGGGAUUUCCGACUGAACAACAUCAUUCAGGAGCUGCAGAAAUGGGGACCAGAUAUCUUGUGCCUUCAAGAAGCUCAAGAGAAUCACUUCUGGGAGCAGCUUGAACCAUUCCUAUCAUCGAUGGGUUAUGAUUGUGCUUACAAACGUCGGACAGGCAGCAAGACAGACGGGUGUGCAGUCUGUUACCAGAGGACCAAGUUUUCAGCUAUCUCUGUCAGACUUGUAGAAUACUUUAGACCAGAUAUAGAACUGUUAGACAGAGACAAUGUGGGACUUGUAGUGCUUUUACAACCAAUGAUGACCGAGGGGCUAGCAGGUGGGGGACAGAGGUCGGAGGUCGGUCCCAUUUGCAUUGCCAACACUCACCUUUUGUUCAAUCCUCGGAGAGGCGACGUCAAACUGACCCAGCUGGCAAUAAUGCUGGCAGAAAUCGACCGGAUGAUAGAUCCAUGGCAGGAGCAGGGCAGGAGCUGUCCGGUUCUACUUUGCGGGGAUUUCAACUCUGUCCCCAACAUGCCACUGUACCAGUUUAUCCGGACUGGUCAGCUUCAUUACCAGGGACUGCCGACUUGGAUGAUUUCUGGACAGGAGGACUGCACAUAUAAACCUUACCAAAGGAAACUGUAUGCCCCCUUGUGGCCAAACAGACUUGGAAUAACUGAAAACUGUCGCUAUUUCACUCAGUGUGAGAAGAAGUCAGACAAGCUCAGAUAUAGCCAUCACUUUAUGCUUCAGUUUCGCUACUGUCAGAUUGCUUGCCAACGGCCUCAUGACCUUGAGCUGAUACAAGGGGUGACGGAUGCAAAACCAGAACGUCCUGAGAACUGGUCACAGGACACCAGUGUGGAAAACAAACUGGAUUCAGAAUCUUACUUUCCAAGAUUCAGAAACACAAUCCGGCAUGGUCUGAACCUGGCCUCUGUGUACAGUCAUUACUUCAGUGAUACAGGACAGCCUGAAGUGACGACCCUUCACUCUGGAUUCGGGGCUACAGUUGACUACAUCUUCUACACCGCAGAGCCGGUCAGCAAUGGGCAACAGGGAGGGCGAAGGUUGCUCCAGGAUGGCCCACUGAAGUUGCUUGGGCGCCUCUCUUUGCUCUCUGAGGAGGACCUUUGGGCAAUGAAGGGAUUACCCAAUGAAAUCUACUCCUCUGACCACAUUUGCCUACUUGCUAAAUUCCGCUUGGACACCAGCUAUUUUUAAACUCCACAACCAGUGGAUAGGAGGUAUAUUUAUGAAGGAUGCAUUGGGAUAAUACUGGCACGAUAUAGAAGGAAAAAAAAAAGUUAUUCAUAUUUUCAGAAGAGCAAUUCUCCAUAUCUGUUGCAUAUACAAUUAGGAAAAUGUAUCCCUAUGUUUAUAAACAAAUACAAAUAAAUGGCCUCCAAAACUCCCAUGUAGUGCAGCAAACAGCAGGCUUGUGUGUCUGCUUUUGUCAGAAUAGGACAUUUUCAUUAAAGGUGAUGUGUUAAGUUUACUUACUAUGUACUAAGAUGCUGAAGCACAUUUAACAUGCAUGCGGAUGGAAAACGGAUGGUCUUUAAUACCUUUUUUUCAUAAAUCUAUAGAUAGUGCCUGUAGGCAACAGGUAGAACUCGUUUCAUUUUGUAGUUUUUUUUUGCUCUAAUUGGGAGUAUAGGGGUUUUAUUACUUUUACAUUUAGGUUGCAAAAUGUAUUCUGGUCGAAUACAGGCGACGAAAUGCACGGCUGAAUUUGAGGUUCAAGAGUAGUCUUAAAACAGUUUGCUAGAUUUAUGUUUUUUGUUGGGUUAAAACUGUUUUUCACGUAUUUUAUGACAAAGAGCAUACACUGUUACUUUUGCAAAAUAAAUAUUUUAUUUGAA